AUGAAGGAUGGUUAUUUAGUCUCUACGUUAGAAUGUUGCACUGUUUCUGACGAUACCGUCACCUGUCGCCUGACCUUGUGGGGAACAGUCAUCCAAGAAGUCGCAAAUCACAACUCUUAUUCCAUUACAGAUGUGUGUGUAAAGAUCUUCAACUCCAUCAAGUAUCUCACAUCUACUCCUGCAACAACCUUUACCAUUGCUGAAGAAUCCUAUGAACCCCCAACUGAAGAAGAUUUCUCCACACUUUUCGAUGCCGUAUCAAAUUACGUUCCAAAAAUCCUACUGGCUGAUAGUUACAAGACUUGGCUGGCGUGCAUGAAAUGUGGAAAACAAAUCACUGAAGUUACAACAAACACUGCGAGUCAUAUCAAAUGUGCCAUUUGCAGCACUGUGCAACCUCUCUCCUCAUGUCACCUGAAAGGAUCCGUUCGCAUACAAGUCCAACCGGACGACAAUGCUGAACCUAUCUGA